AAAAUAUUGAUAUUUUGUAUUUAAUAUCAUUUAGGAAGACUACGUAUUUAGUGCGUACAAAAUGGUUUUUUAUAUUUGCAAAACUUUGAUACUAGUUGCCAUAUUGCAUCAAGCUGCUGCUGGAAGAAGAAAACAAGAAGAUUUCCUCGAGUGGAGGGACUAUAUCGAUGGAAAAUUGCCAGACACUAGCAUCGUUGUAGGCAGAACGUCAACUUUUCCUGGUGGUAUUCCUAUUUACGUAGGUUUGGUUCAUGUAGAAGACGGGCCAAACGAAGGAUACCUUCCAACUAAUAUAAUAGGUGGAGUUAUACCUGUAAAUGUUUCAUUAGAUGACGAAACAAUUAUUAGUUUUGACAAAAAUGUAAAGAUUUUAUGUGGUAAAGGUCAUUAUACAACCAGAAUUUUUUGGGUACAAACUUCACAGUCUACAUUCCCGUCCGUAUUAGAGAGCGAUCAAUAUCGCCCUGUCUUCGCGGGUUGGCAAUUUGGUGAGGAUAACAAAGUGACAUUUAAUUCCUCCAUUUACGUAGGAAAAGGUACAGAGGGUCAGUUUGGUGCAAACUUUGUAGGAAAAAUUUAUCAAAAUCACCCAGAUCCUCUUAAAAAUAACAGACUUUACUCACCGGGAUGGUAUUCUACAGUGACAAAAUUUGACACUUUUGAUAGUUUGGUAUGGUCUCUUGUUAUUUAACAUAAGAUAAACACCGAAGUAUUUAUUGUUAAACCACUUGUUUAAGAUUAAAAAUAAAC